AUGGCUAGAGAAGAAAUUCCCGUCAAUCCCAACAGGAGCUUCGACUUCAUAAAAAAGCUCCCCAGUGAACUCAUUGAAGAGUUCUUUUGCCUGCUCCCCAAAAAUUUGGUUUGGGAUGUGUUGAACUCUUCAAACCAAUUUCUUCCAGAAUUCAACCCACCGCACAUUUCUGAGCCUUGGUACCGGCGUCUUGAAAUUGAACGCUGGCUCUUGAGUCUGGUGUACGUGUACCGCGACUUUGAACCGAGUUUAAAUUGGUAUAACGACGAAUUGCAGCGGUGGUUAUUGCUCUCUAAGAGCCAAUACGGCGAAAUAAUACACCAAUGUGUUGAGUGGCCAUAUGGAGUUGUGCUUUUCCUUGGUAGUCGUUUCGUGUUAUUGAAUCAUACGAGAAACCGCCGGCGUACAAUCCGGGCUGACCAGUACUGGCUCCACCCUGACAAGGGGGGGAAUGUAUGUGCAAUUGGCCUUCCCUUGAGAUCAAACCAGCACUUUUCACGGCUAACUUUGGAUAGCUACACCUUUGACGGUUCCGUCUCUACCAACCAUAGGGUGGACAGUUUGCAACUCAAUGGGCGUCACCCUCAUCUUGAUCGGGUGAUCGAUCUCAGUUCUGUGAAGCAGUUGUCUGUGUUAACCCCCCGUCGUAAUGGUAUAAAAGUUUUUGAAUAUGCUUCCAAAUUCACGCUGUUGAAGGAUUUGUUUGUGUAUAGUCCUGUUGCACCUGAAAUUAUAGAGGCAUUUUCCAAGACUGUAACCCGCUUGGUAUGGGUAAUGGACUACCUCAACCAUGACAAAAUUGCCGAAAUUGCGGCCAAAUUCAGCCUACUUACGUAUUGUGAGGUUACCGAACGUGUGGGAUACUACAACUGGCCCCGCAUCUGGCUUCAGCCGGGCGGGUGGCCGGGCGGGUGGAGAUCAGCACGACUUUUGAUCUCUAUGGUAUUAAGGGAGUUUGAAAAGCACCAAUUUGCACAACUCAAAACCUUAGUGCUACUUGACUACCCGCUCCGUGUCGUUCGGCGUGAGGGGGGUUGGAUAGCCACCGAAGAUGUUGAAACUGGUCAAACGAUCACAAGCUUAAUACUUAGGGGCAGCUGA